AUGAAUGGCAGCAAGGGCAAGGGCAGACAGAUGUCUCUCCAGUUUGCAGUGCCUGCUGGAGUUGCUGCCUGGAUUGUGGGUCGCAAGGGCCAGUCCAUUAACUCGAUACGCACCCAAAGUGGAGCCAGCAUUGACGUCUCCAAAGAGGGCGCACGCUACCGGGUCAUUGACAUCCAUGGUGCGGAGCAGGCACUGAUGGCCGCCAUUGAGAUGGUGGUGGGGCAGGCCGCAUCACUCCCAGAUGGAUGGACUGGGUCAAUCCGGAUAGUGCUGCCAGCAGGCACUGCUGGCUACAUCAUCGGCCGAGGUGGCGAGGCCAUCAAAGAACUCCGCCGCACCUCGGGUGCUGAGCUUGACUUGGAUCAGCUCCAUGCAGGCGUCGAACAAAUGCUGGUCAUCAGCGGCGACCUUGAGGUCAUUGUCGAAGCAGCUCAGAUGGUGGCUGGUCGGAUAGCGGAAGUCACUGGUGCGGCGCCCAAACCUCGUAAUGAUGAGGAGCAGCUGAAGGUGCUCUUGGCCGAAUCUGACCACUCCGAGGCGAGCCUCACGCUGCUCCUGCCUGCGGAUGCUGUCAACAGGGUGGCUCAGGCACGGCUCAAAACAUUGGAGCACCAGACCGGGUCUCAAAUCGAGGUUCAUGUACUAGGAGGACGGACAUCUGGAGUGCACCAGAUGACCAUUGCUGGUACAAGGUCUGGGAAUGCCCUGGCCAUCCUUCACUUGCAGGAGAUGUUUGCGGAGCACCUGAAGCCGGGUGGAAGCGCUGCCCGCAUGGUGGCCCGUGAUCGAGUCGACCGUGGCGAGCAACCGAAGCCCACAGCGAAGGUGUCAGCUGCAAAGCCGAAGCCGCAGGCCAUGAGCCGGCGCCAGGUCGGAGCACAGCCGGGCCAUGAGCGCCCACGCAUCUUCCGAAGCGCCAGCGCUGGACGAAGUGCUGGUGCAGGGGGAGCUGCAAAAGGCACAGGGAAGGCAAGACCUGGUAAAGGCCCGGCUGUUGUACGUCGCCAGUGA